CUCGCGGCGCUCCCUCUCGCCGCCGUCUUCUCUGCACACCCCCGACACCGCGGGGCUACCCCGCCCGCCAACGGCGGGUCCUCCACUUCCCAUUCCCCCUCGCUUCCCGCGCUCUCCGGCACGGGCCUAGCCCCGGCCUCCUCUCUCCCUCCCUUCCCCCUGAUUCCCCUUCCGGACGCUGCCAUCAUGUUGAAGCCUCAGCCGCCACAACAGACCUCUCAGCCCCAGCAGCCGUCCGCUACGCAACAGGCCGUGGUCCGCCGGCCUCCCGGGGGUACCAGCCCCCCCAACGGCGGCCUCCCGGGUCCCCUGGCCUCAACCUCGGCCCCCUCAGGGCCUCCUACGGCCGCUUCUCCCUGCCUGGGGCCUGCAGCCGCUGCCGGGAGUGGGCUCCGCCGGGGAGCCGAGGGCGUCUUGGGACCGCAGCCGUCACCGCCGCCGCAGCAACAUCAGGAGAGGCCAGGGGCAGCGGCCACAGGCAGCGCCAGGGGACAAAGCACAGGAAAGGGACCCCCACAGUCACCGGUGUUGGAGGGUGUCUACACCAAUUCCAGAAUGCUGCAUUUCCUUACAGCUGUUGUGGGCUCUACUUGCGAUGUAAAGGUGAAGAAUGGUACCACCUAUGAGGGUAUCUUCAAGACUCUGAGUUCAAAGUUUGAACUAGCCGUAGACGCUGUGCACCGGAAAGUAUCUGAGCCAGCAGGUGGCCCUCGUCGGGAAGACAUUGUGGAUACCAUGGUGUUUAAACCAAGUGAUGUCAUGCUUGUCCACUUCCGAAAUAUUGACUUCAAUUAUGCUACUAAAGACAAGUUUACAGAUUCAGCCAUUGCUAUGAACUCCAAGGUGAAUGGGGAGCACAAAGAGAAGGUGCUUCAGCGCUGGGAGGGGGGUGACAGCAACAGCGAUGACUACGACCUCGAGUCUGACAUGUCCAAUGGAUGGGAUCCCAACGAAAUGUUCAAAUUCAAUGAGGAGAAUUAUGGUGUAAAGACAACCUAUGAUAGCAGUCUCUCUUCUUACACGGUGCCCUUAGAGAAGGACAAUUCAGAAGAGUUUCGUCAGAGGGAGCUGCGUGCAGCCCAGUUGGCUCGAGAGAUUGAAUCAAGUCCCCAGUACCGCCUGCGGAUCGCCAUGGAGAACGAUGAUGGGCGCACUGAGGAGGAGAAACACAGUGCGGUCCAACGGCAGGGUUCAGGACGGGAGAGCCCCAGUUUGGCAUCUAGGGAGGGAAAGUAUAUCCCUCUACCCCAACGAGUUCGGGAAGGUCCUCGGGGAGGAGUUCGAUGCAGUAGUUCCCGGGGCGGCAGGCCUGGCCUUAGCUCUUUGCCACCUCGGGGCCCUCACCAUCUUGACAGCAGCAGCCCUGGCCCAGGUUCCGAGACCCGUGGUAUCAAUGGAGGACCUACCCGCAUGUCCCCUAAGGCACAGCGACCUUUGAGAGGUGCCAAGACUCUCUCUUCACCCAGCAAUAGGCCUUCUGGAGAAGCUUCUGUUGCACCUCCUCCUGCAGCUUUCCCUUUUCUUCCAGCGGGCCGGAUGUACCCCCCACGGUCUCCCAAGUCAGCUGCCCCUGCCCCAGUCUCAGCUUCCUGUCCAGAGACUCCCAUGGGCUCAGCAGUACCGACUUCUUCUGCUUCCAUCUCUGUGACUUCAUCAGUUGUGGAACCUGGUGUAGGCUGCGUUUCCCCAGCUUCUCCAAAGAUCUUACUGGCCCCCACAGAUGUAAAAGAACUUCCAGCUAAGGAACCUGGGAGAACUCUGGAGUCCCAGGAGCUAUCCCGGAUAGCUGGGAAAGUUCCUGGCCUUCAGAAUGAACAGAAGCGCUUUCAACUGGAAGAACUGAGGAAGUUUGGAGCCCAGUUUAAGCUUCAGCCCAGUAGUUCCCCUGAGAACAGCCUGGAUCCUUUUCCUCCCCGGAUCUUGAAGGAGGAGGUGAAAGGGAAGGAGAAGGAAGUUGAUGGUCUGUUGACUUCAGAAUCCAUGGGGUCCCCAGUCUCCUCCAAGACAGAGUCCAUAUCGGAUAAGGAGGACAAACCACCCCUGCCAUCAGUCACUGAGGGGCCAGAGCAGCCCCCACUGCCUUGCCCAAGCCAAACUGGCAGCCCCCCAGUGGGCCUCAUCAAGGGAGAUGACAAGGAUGAGGGCCCUGUUGCUGAACAAGUGAAGAAGUCAACACUGAACCCCAAUGCUAAGGAGUUCAACCCCACAAAGCCUCUGCUGUCUGUGAAUAAAUCUACCAGUACCCCAACUUCUCCGGGGCCCCGGACUCAUUCAACUCCCUCUAUCCCGGUGCUGACAGCAGGCCAGAGUGGGCUCUAUAGCCCUCAGUACAUUUCCUACAUACCUCCAAUUCACAUGGGACCAGCUGUUCAGGCUCCUCAAAUGUAUCCAUAUCCUGUAUCCAACUCUGUGCCUGGACAGCAGGGCAAGUAUCGGGGAGCAAAAGGCUCCCUACCUCCCCAGCGCUCGGACCAACACCAGCCCGCCUCAGCCCCUCCAAUGAUGCAAGCUGCUGCUGCUGCUGCUGGCCCACCUCUGGUGGCUGCCACACCUUACUCUUCCUACAUCCCCUACAACCCACAGCAGUUCCCAGGCCAGCCUGCCAUGAUGCAGCCCAUGGCUCACUACCCUUCACAGCCGGUGUUUGCCCCCAUGCUUCAAAGCAACCCACGCAUGCUGACGUCGGGGAGCCAUCCCCAGGCCAUUGUGUCAUCGUCCACCCCUCAGUACCCUUCUGCAGAGCAGCCCACUCCCCAAGCCCUUUAUGCCACUGUUCACCAGUCCUAUCCACACCAUACCACGCAGCUCCAUGCCCACCAGCCGCAGCCAGCCACCACACCUACUGGGAGCCAGCCACAGUCCCAGCAUGCGGCCCCCAGUCCUGUCCAGCACCAGGCGGGGCAGGCCCCACACCUGGGCAGUGGACAGCCACAGCAGAAUCUGUACCACCCAGGGGCCCUGACAGGCACGCCGCCUUCUCUGCCACCGGGACCUUCGGCCCAGUCCCCUCAGAGCAGCUUUCCCCAGCCAGCUGCUGUGUAUGCCAUCCAUGCCCACCAGCAGCUGCCCCACGGCUUCACCAACAUGGCCCACGUUACCCAGGCCCAUGUCCAAACGGGAAUCACGGCAGCCCCGCCCCCCCACCCUGGGGCUCCCCACCCGCCCCAGGUGAUGCUGCUGCACCCACCCCAGAGCCAUGGGGGCCCCCCCCAAGGCGCGGUGCCCCAGAGCGGGGUGCCUGCACUCUCAGCUUCCACACCCUCACCCUACCCCUACAUCGGACACCCCCAAGGUGAGCAGCCUGGCCAGGCGCCUGGAUUUCCAGGAGGAGCCGAUGACAGGAUUCUAUGUAGGGUGGGCAGAAGCCACAGUCGCCGCCGCCAGGGGCUUGCUCCUGGCUCUGUCCUUUGCUUCCCUCCGUCCUCGCUCAGUUGUGAUCCAGCAGCCCCCCUCCCCACUGCCUCCCCAGCUCUCAGUGACCCCGACUGUCUCCUGACUUAGCCGAGGUAAGGUCAGCGCAGCAGACAGGGCCAGGCUGGGGUGUGGGGGGCUGAGCUGGGCACACAAGUAAGGGCUCUGGCUCACUGGGAAAACAGCAAUUGAUUUGUGCUUCCAACAGCCCCAUGAGACACCUUGAGGAGGCCGCUCCCACCCAAACACUCCCCACACCCCACACUGGACGGCAUUGGAUAAAGGGACAGCUGCUUGGGUUCUAAUGCUCCUGCUCUCUUCUCUUUCCCCUCCAACCAGUUCAAUCUCAUCCCUCCCAGCAGCUCCCCUUCCACCCCCCGGGGAACUGAAGAUUGUCCUGGCCGCGACCUGAGACCUCCAUGAGUGGAGGGAAGAGUGAUCUAUGUCUCUUCCCCCAGCAGCUCGGACCAGUCCCAGCCCCGCAAACCCAUUCCCCUGAGGGAGCUGGGGAAUUCCUGCCAAGCACCUUGAAUGGGAGGGGCCUCCAAGUGGGCAGGGCCAGGGUCCAGCCGGGUGGGAGGUUUUGGGGGGGUUCCUUCUCUGCCCCUGCCAAUCCCUACUGUCUUGCCCUCCCAAUCCUCUCAUUUUCCCCCACUGGAGAUGGAAGAUCUUUUAUUUUCUAUUAUUUAUAACCUCAGACUUGGGCCCCCUGUUGUUUCUUCCCCAUUAACUUGAGUCAUCUGCGUGAGAGACAGACAGAUGCCCCACAAGGAUGGUUGGACAAGGACUUUUACUUUUUAUUACAUAAAAAUAUUUUAAAAAAUAUUAAAAAAAUAAUAAAAUUUUAAACUAACUUAA